UUUUUUUUCCUUUUCUUUUAAUAUUGUAUUACUUAUGGGAAGGGCGCCUAAAAACUGGAAGGCAGCUGGCGGCAAAAAUAACGCCAUAGCCAUGUACAACACCGCGCACGGACUGAUACCGCCUCAGUACGGUUCCUAGUUUUCCUACCACGGUGCCAGCCAUUAUUGAAUAGUGUAUCCUCGCUAGUUUCUUUUGGGUGAACGUUAAGCUUUUCCCAUUUUCAGUGUACACCAUCAAUCAGAGGCCAUCAAUCUGGGGAAUAUUUUCAGGAAAAAGAGCUGGUAUGCCGCUAGACUUGUUCCGGUACCGUAUAGUAGCAGCAGCAGCAACAGCACAUUAAUAGUAGUAGUAGUAGUAGUAGUAGUAGUAGUAGUAGUAGUAGCAGCAGUAGUAGUAUUCAUCAUUUAGUUACAAUAAAAGAUGAGACAACACAACCUUCGCGUUUCUUUGACAUGGAGACACAGGCAGCGGCGGAAACAGUGCAAGCGUUUGUAAUCUGAAAAUGUGGCUGUGGACAUUGAUGCGUAUCUCUCGUAGUCUGAAAACGUGUAAGUGUAUGGUAACAGACAGCAAACCCUUCACCUCACCCACCCCUGCAAUCCUUUUUAAAUUCUCGACCUAGUAAGCAAGACGGUCCUUUCCGAUGUAAACAAACACAAGCACGUGACAGCGGCAGCGGCAGCGGCUUCUACCUCCCACACAACUAUAAUAACGCAUGUGAGGAGCUAGUGUCAUCAGAGGGCCAGUGUACAUGUUGGGAGGAGAGUUUGUGGUGCAGGGGAGAUAUGCAGAAUGUAAAGCCCUGACUGGGAAGCAAUCUUGAGUCACCAGGAACGUCAAGACCAUGGCGGUGGGCAGCACUCCUAAAGGCAGCAAGAAGGGCUCUGCUGCUCCUAAAGUUUCAGCAAAAGUGACGUUCCUACCAUACGAAUCCCUUCAAGGCAAGACAAGAGACAAGCUGAGUACUGUUCACUCCCUGGUGGUGGCCAUGCAGCCUGUGGUGGCCACUAAGAGAGGCUUCAAUGGACCAUUUGUUUCCCUCACGGCCAAGGACAGAAUCUUGCCUGCCAUGCUGGUCCUGGAUAAACAUGUGAAGGAAAAUGUUGCUGUAGUAUCCAGAGGUGCUUACUUGUGUGCCGAGUUGAGUGAAGGUGAGGACAUCACCAUAACAGCAGGGUGCCCAUCAUUGCUUGCCAGGGAAGUGACAUUCAGCAUUCUCUCCCCGGCGGGUGUGGAAGGAACACCGGGGCUCACACAGUACCUGAAAGAGCAGCUUGUGCAUAAUGGACUGGUCAUUACCAAUGGAAUGAAGGCUGUGCUGCAAUACUUAAGUCAAGAAAUAACAUUGAAGGUUGACAGUGUGAAAAUGUUUGGCCUUGAAGCCGAGGCACCAUUCACUUGCAUUCCUCAAACAUGUGUAUGUGCGCAAGUGGCAGAGGUGAACGCCAGAGUGGUGCUGCCGGAGGUGACCUUUCAAGAUAUUGGAGGUUAUGAAACUGAGCUGGAAAAUAUGCAUCAGCAGAUCAACUCUUUGUUUUCCUGUGAGGGUUCCAAAACAAAUACCACCAAAGGGAUAUUGAUAAGUGGACCACCAGGCUGUGGAAAAACCCUCAUAGGUAAAGCACUGAAAGCUAAAUAUGGCAGAAAAUUACAUGUACCCCUAGAGGAGGUGAAGAGCAAGUACAUGGGGGAGACAGAACAGAACCUGAGUCAGUACUUCACUGAGGCGGCAAAGAGGUCUCCGUGUCUCCUCUUCCUGGACGAUCUGGACCUUGUGUGUGGGUCCCGGGACAGGGGCGGCAGUGCUGGGGUGGUGACCGCUCUGCUGCACCUCCUGGAUGGUGUGACAGGCAGUGCUGAUGGGGUGAUGGUGAUAGCCACGGCCACACAGCCCCAGGCUAUGGAUGCUGCUCUGCGUCGCCCCGGCCGGCUCUCCCAUGAUGUGUGCCUGGGAGCACCUCCACCCACAGCACGGCGGGAUAUCCUGCAGCACCUCCUCCAAGGAGUUCCCAGUGACGUCAGUGAUGCCGAGCUGUCUUCCCUCGCUGACAUCACACAUGGCUACCUCGGGGGCGACCUGCGUGGUGUGGUGGUGGCGGCAGUGACAGAGGCAGGCGGCGCACCACUCAUGCGACACCACCUGGAUGCAGCGAUGGCACAUACUCGGCCUGCCCUCGUCAAAGAUUCUGUGUCGUCAGCUUCUGGUAUCAAGCUGUGCAGCAUCUCUGGGUACGGCAAGCUGAAGGCCAAGCUGCACGAGGCGAUGAGUCUCACACUGCAGCAUGGACCAGUCUUCAGGAGGUGUGGCUUUUCUCCCCCGUCAAGGUUCCUCCUGUUUGGGCCACCAGGGUGUGGCAAAUCCACCCUCAUCUCCGCCCUUGCCACUGAGUUUCACCUGAAUGUCAUCCCUGUCAAGAGGUCCACAGUGCUGGGGAAAUAUUUUGGAGAGUCUGAACAAAACCUUGCCAAGAUAUUUCAACAGGCCAGUGAUUCAUCUCCAUGUAUCAUCCACUUUGAGAACUUUGAGGGUCUGGCCGGGUCAAGGAGGAGCAGAGAGGGAGGUGGAGAUGCUGAGAGUCGUGUGAUCAACCAUCUUAAAGUUCAGCUGGACGGCAUCGUGCAGAAUGAAGGGGUGCUGGUGUUUGCCGAGACCAACCGUCCUGAUCUCCUGAACAAGGAUGUGAUCCGUCCCGGCCGCUUCCACGAGUAUCACCUGGUGGACCUGCCAUCAGAGGAGGACAGACGGUGCAUCCUGGGGGACCACCUACCGCCUUCCGCCACAGAGGACGUGACGAUGGACUCACUCGUCACUCAGCUGGAGCGCCUGACAGUUGCUGAGAUCCUGCAGGUUUGUGAGGAGGCAAAGCUGGUGAGUGGUGGACCAGGCAGGAUACUCUGGCUCCCUCACCAGCCAGCGGUGUUUCGAACCAGUCACUCAGUCAGUCACUCCUGGCCAGCACCUCCACCUCCACCACACUGCAGGAGGUCCUUGAUGCAGCAAUACCAAACACCUCUUUAAAACUCCUUCAAAAAUAUAAGAAUUUUGCCAAGCUGUAUUGUUCUGAUUCAUAGCUUCAUGUUUAACUAUUUAUAUUAAAUUUUUUUCAAAAAAUUAACUGACUUCAUAAAACCUGAUUUUGUACAAUACUAAAAUUUGUAAAUGU